UACCCCCUCCGUCCACCUCUGAUCUCCAGAAGCACCAGAGGCAUUGGACCAAGUCAGGACUGGACCCAGGUAGCACUGGUCCUCUUGGAGCAGCAAAUAGGCCUCCCUCUCCUUCCCAGAAAUGGAUUCAUACCUGAUUCAGGUGACCGGCAAGGCGGACCUCCCCUCCGUGUUGGAUGUCCAGCUCGGACGGGCCGGACGGGCCGUGGCUAGCAAGGGGAAGGGACACCGCAAGCCCCACUGGGCCGUCCGGGCCUCUGAGAUGUCCAAGCGGACCUUCAACCCCAUCCGGGCCAUUGUGGACAGCAUGAAGGUGGAGCCCCACCCGCAGAAGCCCCUCAUCUCCCUAUCCAUCGGGGACCCUACGGUUUUUGGAAACCUGCCCACAGAUGAGCAGGUCACCCAGGCCAUGAAGGCAGCCCUGGACUCUGGGAAGUACGACGGCUACGCUCCUUCCACAGGUUACCUGUCCAGCCGUGAGGUGGUAGCAAGGUACUACAGCUGCCCUGAAGCACCCCUCGAAGCCCAGGACGUAAUCUUGACCAGUGGCUGCAGUCAGGCCAUCGAGUUGUCCCUUGCUGUUUUGGCCAACCCUGGGCAGAACAUUCUGGUGCCACGGCCGGGCUUCUCACUCUACAAGACCCUGGCUCACUCCAUGGGGAUCGAGGUCAAGUUCUACGACCUCCUGCCAGAGAAAUCCUGGGAAAUUGACCUGAAGCAGAUGGAGUCCCUGGUGGAUGAGAAGACAGCUUGCCUGGUGGUCAACAACCCCUCCAAUCCUUGCGGCUCUGUCUUCAGCAAGGCCCACCUCCAGAAGAUCUUGGCAGUGGCCUCCCGGCAGUGCAUCCCUAUCCUGGCUGAUGAGAUCUAUGCCGAGAUGGUCUUUGAAGAAGGGCAGUCCGAGUCUCUGGCCAAGCUCAGCACCAACGUGCCCAUCCUGUCCUGUGGAGGCUUGGCCAAGCGGUGGCUGGUGCCCGGCUGGAGGAUGGGCUGGAUCCACAUCCACGACCGCAGGGAAAUCUUUGGGAAGGAGAUCAGGGAUGGCCUCCUGCGGCUGAGCCAGAGGAUCCUGGGGCCCUGCACCGUGGUCCAAGGGGCCCUUGCCCACAUCAUGCACCGGACCCCCUCUGAAUUCUACCAAAACACCCUCAGCUUCCUCAAGUCCAAUGCUGACCUCUGCUAUUCUGCGCUCUCCACCAUCUGUGGGCUACGGCCAGUCCGGCCCUCGGGAGCCAUGUACCUCAUGGUUGGCAUCAAGAUGGAGCAUUUCCCCGAGUUCGAGAAUGACGUGGAGUUCACGGAACGACUUAUUUCCGAGCAGUCGGUCUUCUGCCUGCCUGCAACGUGCUUUGAGUACCCCAACUUCUUCCGGGUGGUGCUCACGGUGCCUGAGGACAUGAUGGCGGAGGCCUGCCAGCGCAUCCGGCAGUUCUGCGAGCAGCACUACGAAAGCGCCCAGGACAUGGAGUGCGACAAGUAGCACAGGACCACCACCAACCCCCUCACCGGCCCCCGGCCUGCUCCACUCCAUCCGCCUUGAGUCGUGUGCACCAGGGGCCUCCCUGCACCACCGUUGGAGAAUGUCGUGGCCCCUGCAGCCCACCCCCCAUGUGGCACCAGCUCAGAACCAAAGGGAGCGGAGGGCCAUGGUCCUUUUCUGCAGGCCCUCACUUUU